AUGACCAAACUUAUCCAUCUCUUCGUUGUUCUCAUAACCUGCGCACCCGUUGCUGCCUUUGGUAUGGGCAAGGGAAUGGCAAUCAACACAGAUGUCAGACGCUACCAUCCACGAAAUGUCAAGCCUGUCCACGAAUACAGAACCAAACCUUUGGAGUUGUCAAGCCCGAUUUCGAUGAUAGCAAACAUUCCUCGUGGUGGAUCCAUUGUUGAAGCUAUGAAAUCCUUCAAUAAGACCCCGUCUUCGCUCUUCAACUCGUCACUAAUUACCGUUGCAAUCGUUACGGCCGCAUUCAAGAUCCUACAACGAGCUUCUAGCAGCAGUAGUGCCGAGGAAGUCAACAAGAAGCCAAAAAGCGUCAAGGAUUUGCAGAUCAGAUUCCUAUCCGUCUUUUGGUUGUUGCGAUGUGCGGAUUGGCUCCAAGGGCCUUACUUUUAUGAAGUCUAUUCAUCCAAGGUUUUCGAUGGGGUACCCGCAUCGAUUGCAUUGGUGAGCAAGCUGUUUCUAACUGGAUUUGCGUCUACUGCUUUGUUUGGACCUCUGGUAGGGAGAGCAUUGGAUUCUUAUGGACGAAAAAAGGGAACAUUGGCAUUCGCCGUUAUUUAUGCAUUGGGAGCCGCAUCCACAAGAAGUCCACUUCUGAAAGUACUCUUCAUCGGAAGAAUCAUGAGCGGCAUUGGUACUAGUCUUCUCUUCAGCGCCCCUGAAUCCUGGCUGGUUGCCGAAUCACAAAGAAGUGGUGACGACCCAACUGGAUCUUGGCUGGGAGACACAUUUGGUCUGGCUUAUGCUGGUGAUGCCCUUGUCGCCAUCGUGGCAGGUCAAUUUGCUGGAGUAGCAGCAAGUGCUCGAGGACCGACUGGCCCAUUCGAGCUGUCUGCUGGUUUCCUUGCUCUCGGGGGUCUUCUAUCUGCGUUGUUGUGGAAGGAAAAUGUUGCUAAAGGAUCGGAUGGCGCCGAUGUCGAAACCAACAAGCCAUCUAUCAAAGAUGCCAUCAACGUCAUCAAGAAAGAUCCGAAGAUCAUGUUGGUCGGUGGUGUGCAGAGUCUUUUUGAAGCUGCUAUGUAUAUUUUCGUUCUCCAAUGGCCACCAGCUAUUAGCAGUGCCGUCGCGAAGGCAUUUGGAGAAGGAGCCAACACGCCGUUUGGAACCGUUUUCUCUUGUUUCAUGGCUUGCUGUUUGUUUGGUUCAACUCUCUUUGGUCAAUUCGCCAAGAUGUCUGUGCCAACCGAGAAGUUCACUGCAGGCAUGCUCUCGGUAGCAGCCAUUGCAAUGUCAAGUGCUACCUUUGCAGCUUCUUCUUCUAUGAAUCUUCCCGCUCUCGUUGCAGCAUUCUUUGUUUUUGAGGCGUGUGUUGGUAUGUAUUUCCCAUCAAUAGGCACAUUGAGAAGCAAAUACGUACCAGAUUCACAUCGAUCCGUUAUCAUGAAUCUUUUCGGAAUCCCCCUGAAUGUUCUCGUGGUGAGCGUUUUCUUAUCGAUAUCGAAACUUGGUCUUAAAGGAGCUCUUGGAAUCUCGUCGGGUGCUCUUGUGCUUGCUGCAAUCUGUAUGCUGAAACUGAAUAGCAUCGUUGGCGAGAAAUCAUAG